UGGCAUGUAGCUACAGGGUUAAAGAAUGUAGAAGUUAUGUAAGUUAAAAAGUAAUAAUAGUUUAAUUAGAUCUAUUAAUAUCACGUAUUAGAUCCAUUAAGAGCAAGUAGAUCUAUUAACUCGUUAUUCGAAAUAUUUAUAUUGUUCAAUAUGAAAGGCGUCGGUUAAGACCUCCAAUGGCUUUAUUGAUAACAUUUUAUGAAAAGCUCAAGACGGAGUGUAUCCAUUGCACAUUUAUACUGAGUUCUCAUCCUAUUAAAGUCGCACACCAGAAAAAUGAAACGUGAUGACGAGCAAAUUACUUUGAAGUGAGAAGAAAAGCCACACAAUUAUUUACCUACCAUGGAGGAGAGAGAUGAGGCCACUACGUCAAGUAGAAAUGAAGAGAGCAGCGUUCAGAGAAGUGAUGAGCAUGAGCUUGGAUCCUUUUCGGAGACUCGAUCAGAAGUCAAAUAUGAACUCUUCGGGAUGUUUUUACUAUUGCAAAAAGGAAUUAUGCUUCUACUCGAACAAGCUUUCAAAAUAAUCGCAAUUUUUCUUUCACGAAAACCACUUCAUGUAAUAUCCUUUAUUGUUCUGGUUGCCAUAGCACUAUCUACAGGAUUUGUCAAGCUUGAGGUUGAAGAAAAUGUAAAAUAUUUGUUUUUACCUGAAGACAGUCAAGCAUCACAGGACAUUAAGAAAGCAAGAAGCCUUGGGUUUGAACUAGAAUUUCGAAUGGAAGAAAUACUCAUUUUGCCACAGGGAAACAGAUCUGUUCUCUCAUAUGAAUGUUUGUCAGAGAUGUUGUCUUUGUACAACAUGGUAGCAAAUAUAUCGGGAUAUGAUCAACAUUGUUAUAGAUCCAGCCAAAAUACAGGAUGUGUUUCGACAAAUCUACUUGAAAUCUUUGAUUUUCAAGCGAAAAACUUGAUUAACGUCUCUUCAAAAAUACAUGCAACGCUAAAGAAUAACAGUUUUCUCAUGGCAAAUGGAAGAACAUUAAACGAGAAUUUCAACACUAUUUUCGGAAAAUCAGCUUCGCCUCUUACAAUUAAUUCUACGAAUGGCUUACGAAUGGUUUUUUUUAUGAAUGAAUAUUCAAGAAAAAGUAAACAACGGGAAGACAUUCUUGAGUGGGAAAAAAAGUUUCUUGAGGUGUCUUCUUCAUUUUCAAAGAACACAAAGUACUCCAAAAUAUAUUUUGCAGCGGAAAGAAGCCUUGAUGAUUCGGUGGAUGAUAGUACUAGGUCUGAUAUUGCAUUAUUUACAAUAACAUUUGUUAUUAUGGGGUUUUUCAGCGGUAUAGUGAACGGCAGAGGUGGUAAUUUACAAUUCGGACAUCAACUCUUAGGUUUUGCUUCAUUGUUAUCCAUAUAUUUAGGUAUAUCAGCUUCAUUAGGAUUUUUGAUGUAUAUUGGGGUUCCAUUUGUAAGUUUAGUUGGAGUUCUACCAUUCUUGAUUGUUAGCAUUGGUAUUGAUGAUGUAUUCAUUAUAUUACAUGAGCUUGAUGUAAUGUCUCGUCAGGAUAUCCCAGCUUUAUAUAUGCUUAUAGGUACUAUGGUUCGCAGUGGUCCAACCAUCACCAUAACAACGCUAACAGACUUAGUUGCUUUUGCCGUAAGCUGCCGUUCUCUUUUCCCAGCAAUCCGCUUUUUCUGUACCUACGCUGCUCUGUCAAUAGUCGCAGCAUUUUUUAUGAUUUUGACAGUUUUCGCUACCUGUGUUUGGUUUGAUAUCAAAAGAAUCAACUCUCAACGCAUGGAUAUUCUACCUUGUAUCAUUGCAUCACCUAGAAUAAUUCGUUGCUCAGAAUCUAGGAAACAUGAUUUCACCUUCGUUCUGACAGGACUGGGAAAAUUCAUAACAAGUAGAUUGGGAAAAAUGACUGUUCUGAUGGCGUCCGUGCUUCUUCUAUCCGCUGGAAUUUACGGAGCAAUUAAUAUUGAUCAAAGAUUUAACAGACAACUUUUAACAACUAAAGAUUCACAGUUUCGCAGAUUCUUGGACGUCUACGAAGAAAGUUUUAAUCUCAAUAUAGAGGUCAAUCUAAUUUUUCCUGGAAAAAAUCAGACAAGUGGCGAAAUUCAGGACAUGUACAUGCAGGCUGAAAAUGUUGUUAAAAAUAAUAAACAUUUUACUGCGAGAUCUGUGUCUUGGUUGCGUGAAUAUUUGUCUUGGGCAAAAGAAAAUAAUUUGGACGUUAACCAAAGUAAGAUAUUCUAUAAGAAUUUGAGGCAUUUUAUUGGAUUACCAGAGUACAGGCGAUUCUUACAAGAUGUUAAGUUCUCAGAAGAUAAAAGCCAUUUGACAGCAUCAAGAAUGUUGAUAUAUUCCAAAAGUAGCCCAGACUCCAUUUUCCAACGAGACAUGAUGACCAGUCUUAGAGAUGACUUAACACUCAAGCGUGUGAACGCAUUUGCUGCGUCGUUGCAAUUUAUAUACUUUGAGCAGUAUGCCCAUGUUUUAAAAGAAACAAUCACAAACUUAAUUGUCGCAGCCAUUUCAAUUCUCUUAAUAUCAUCAAUAUUUCUGAAUCAUUUCUCUGUCAUUUUUUGUCUUUUUUUGGGAUUUGUUGCUCUAAUAAUUGAACUUCUCGGAGUGAUGUACUUUUGGAAUGUAUCAUUAAAUUCAAUCUCCAUGAUUAAUCUAGUCAUGGCACUCGGCUUUUCUGUCGACUACAAUACUCACAUUGCUUAUCACUUUCUUACAUCUAAAGCGACGUCACCUGAAUUACGUGCAAUCGAUGCCCUACACAAUAUUGGUGGAAGUGUUCUUCUGGGUGGCUUGAGCACCUUUCUGGGAAUGUUGCCAACAGGCUUUGCUUCAUCAACUGUAUUUCAAAUUUUUUUCAAGAUGUUUGUUGGAAUUGUAGGGCUUGGUUUGCUUCAUGGCUUGGUAAUAUUACCCGUUUUCCUCACAAUUAUAGGAAAAGUCUGUGAUUUUCGUGAAAAAAAUCUCAAUUCAUUUUUACAGAAAUGGAGACGUUUUCGGCACAAGCGCAAUAUUCAAAAAAAUCGUCCUUCUACCUUAAAAAAAGACACUCAAGUAACACAAAGAAAUAUUCCAAUUGCAGUUAGUGGAAUAGGUUGUCGUUUUCCUGGAGGAGCAAAUUCAAAAGAUGCUUUUUGGAACAUGCUUGUUGAAGGUCGUGCCGGUCAUGGAUCUUACCCUACAAAUAGACCAACUUCUAAAAAAUAUAUGGAAAAUUUCAACCCAAGUAAAGAUGUUCCAGGCAAAAAUUAUGUUGUCAGUGGAGCUUUUCUAGACCACGUCACUGGCUUUGAUAAUCAGUUUUUUGGAAUAUCUUCAAUCGAAGCUCAGUCAAUGGAUCCCCAACAGCGCUUGCUACUACAAGUAGUCUAUGAAGCAAUUGAAGACGCUGGCAUUCGCUUGGAAGAUUUGCAACAAUGCAAAACAGGUGUUUAUGCCGGAAGUAUGAAUUUAGACCAUAGUUCCUUUGUUUUAGGUGACUCAAAUAUUCGAAAUAUCGAUCAGUUUGCUUCAACAGGAUCUGCUUCCUCUAUUAUUGCCAACAGAAUUUCGUUUUGUUUCAAUUUAACUGGUCCAAGUUUAACUGUCGACACCGCCUGUUCAUCUUCUUUGGUGGCUCUUGAUUUGGCUUUUAAUCAUCUUCAAAGUGGUGAAUGUGAUGUAGCUAUUGUUUGUGCACCUAAUUUAAUUUUCAACAGUAUGCAUUUUCACUUGGCAAGUUGCAAAACUCAACUGUUAGCUCAGGAUGGUCGUUGUAAGUGUUUUGAUGUUAAAGGAGAUGGAUAUGGUAGGGGUGAAGGUGUAGCUGCUAUAAUUAUAAAAUCUACAGAGUCAGCUUUAGAUGACCGUGACGAAAUUUACGCUGAAAUUCUUGCAUGUGGAGUAAACAACGAUGGUCAAACAGAAAGUACAAUUACUUCACCGAGUGACAUUGCUCAAGGCCAUUUGUUUAAAAAAGUCCUUGAAGAGUCAGGUCUAUCGAAAGAUGACAUACAAUAUGUUGAAGCUCAUGGAACUGGUACAGCAGUAGGUGAUGUUGUGGAGAUGGCGUCAUUGGCAUCAGUUUAUGGAAAUAGCAGCAAUCGAAUACUUCGUGUAGGCUCAGUAAAGUCCAAUAUCAAUCACACAGAAUCUACAGCUGGCCUGGCUGGUUUGAUAAAAACCUGUUUAAUGAUAAAAAAUGCUCAGUUUGUGCCAACUAUUAAUGUUCAUGAGGUAAAAUCGCAACUUAGAUUGCCAGAAAGAAAAAUGAUGGUGCAAGUUUGCAAUGAAACAUGGAAAACCGACAAUGGUGCUCCAAGAGCUGCUGCAGUCUCUUCGUAUGGCUUUGGUGGUACAAAUGCUCAUGCUAUUCUAAAAGAAGUUACCAAGCUUCCAGCUGUUGUGAUGCCCACUCGACAGAUAAAUCAUCGUGUAAUGACAUUAUCUGCUGCUUCAAAAAAGGAUUUAACUGAAAUGGCAAAAAAUGUGUGGUUUACUCAAAACAAUAGCUGACGACGACGAACUUUGAAAGAUAACAUUUGCUACUCUUUGAAUGAAAGGUACUCACUUCAUGCACAUCGUUUAGCUCUUGCUUUUAUCAACAUCCAUGAUGCAGUAAUGGUUUUAGACAAAUUUUCUAAACAAGAGAUUGGUUGGGAAAAAUUAUUGGCAGUUGGUCACAUUACGAAUAACCACAAAAAGUUUGUUUUCUUGUAUGGUGGACAAGGAUCUCAGUGGUAUGGGAUGGCAAAGGACAUGAUAAAACAUGAACCCGUAUUUAAAGAAAGCAUUCAAAAAAUUGAUGUUCUAUUAAAACAAUACAAUGCUACAUGGUCCUUGAUGCACGAACUCAACCAGCCUGAGGAAUUGUCUCGUCUUCAUGAAAAUCCGAUCGGACAAACAGCAUUGUUUGCUGUUCAUGUGGCAAUAACUGAACUGUUUAAAUCUUGGAAUUUGGUACCAUCAGCUGUUAUUGGUCACAGCCUUGGUGAAAUAUCAGCAGCUUGGGCAUGUGGUGCUUUGCAUUUAAGGAAAGCAUUGCAAUUAGUUUUAUUUCGAUCACAGUUACAUGAACAGUGUUCUACAACUGGUUGUAUGGCUGCCAUAGGCCUUUCAUUUGAGGAAACAAGAAGAAUGUUAAACGUGCUUAGAUUAGAAAAUAAAGUUGAUAUAGCAGUCGUAAACAACCCUGGAAGCGUUGUACUUUCUGGUGGAAAAGAUUCGAUGGAAGAGGUAGAAACUCAUGUUUCAAGCACCAUGGAUAAUGUAUUCUUUAAAAAGUUACAGACGUCACGGGCUUAUCACAGUCAAGAAAUGGAGGAAAUUAAAGAAGCAUUUUUCUUAAAACUUGAUUUUAACGUUCGCCAAACGGAAAGCACCAUACCGUUUUUCUCCACUGUGACAGGGACUCAAUUGUCUGGUCAGCAACUUUCACUUGAGCAUUGGUGGAAAAAUAUCCGUCAAACAGUCUUACUUGAGCCCGCACUAAGAGCAAUGUUUUCCGAUGGAUAUCACUUCUUUGUGGAAUUGAAUGCAGCUCCACAGCUUUCUUAUCACGUUCGACAAACAUGGUCAAAUUAUCAAAAAUCUCAGUCUCACAGAACAAACAACUUUGCAGUGAUUCAAACAAUUCCAAAACGUUCAGUAAAAGAACAGCACUUAUAUUUUCUUCAGAAUAGUGCUUGUCAGCUUUUUGUAAACGGCGUUUCUCUUUCGUGGCAUAACGUACAAGGCUCUGGAACAAAAACGUUUUUCCGGCGACCAACAUAUCCAUGGCAAGAGACUGAAAUUUGGUUCCGUGAAGAGCCUCACUCUGAGUGUGUUAACUUCCUUGCAAAAAAAACACAAGAAGAGUAUGAAUUAAAUGCAUCCAAGAUAACAUUUCAUCCUCUUCUUGGCAAAACAGUCACAACUUUGGCUUUCACUGGUUUGCAAGCAUGGGAAUCUGAUAUCACCCUACAUGACGUAGCUUACAUUGCCGACCACAAGUUUGUAGACCAAGAUAUUCCUGUCAUACCGGGAGCAGUAUUUGUUGAGAUGAUCCUUGCUAUGUCAAUUCAUGUUUCGCCAGGUUUAGCACCAUAUAUUGAGAGUUUGAGCUUUGAUAAUCUGCUCUCGUUAUCCAGCAAAGAUUCCCUUCUAUUUCGCACUCGUCUUUUGCCUUGUAAAUAUGAAAGAGGAAGCCGCCAAUUUCAAAUCACAAAUGUUUACGAGAAAGACAAUGAGGUUUUGCUUUCAGUUGGAUCAUUAACAACAAAUGAAAACUACGAUUUCAAAGAAAAAGUUGCAGAAAACCGUCAAGGGGGCAAUGAUCGUGGAGUUGAAGAUUUCAAAAUUGGAAUGAUGAGAUGGAGUAGAAAAGUUUUUGAAGAUGAACGUCUAAAGAAAGGUUUCAACUUUGGAACGCAGUUUGACUUGAUUAAUGAUGCAUGGCUUAGUGAAACGAAAGCCCUUGCUCUCAUUUGUCCUACCAAAGAAAUUAUUGAAGAAGCCUCUGCUUAUGUUAUUCAUCCCGCCAUAAUUGAUGCUUGUUUACAAACAACGCUUCUCUUCAAUACAAUGGAAGGAAAAAUUGUUCCAAAGAAAAUCACACAUUUGACCAUGCUUCGUAGACCUCGUCAUUUUGAAAAUCUGUUUGCUUAUACAACAAAUAAUAAAUCAGGUUUCAAGAUUUUGUUGAUGGACGGUAAUGCAAGACCAAUUUUAAUAAUCGAAAAACUUGUUUUUGCCAAGAUUCCAUCAAAUGUAAGUGAAGCGAAUUUUCAAAAUUUGUUCCUGAGUUCACAAUGGGAAAAGAUGAGCUCUGAAUUACCUGAGUGUAUGCAUCAUAACGUUUGGCUCAUCAUCAAAGAUCAAUCUACCUUUGGUGAGCAAUUUAUCCGAAACAUCCCAGAAGGCGACAAUGUGAAAAUUGUUGAAAAAUUAGAUUCCCUUUCUGAAAUACUUGAUGAAAUCCUUGUAACGCUCAGUGCAGACCAAAGGCUGCUUGUGCUCAAUUUUUUGCCUACAGAAACGAGAAACUUUAAUGCAAUACCGUCCAACUUUAAAGAAAUUCACCCUCUUUCCUUUGAGAGUUCCCUAACUGUUUCUCAGGAAAUUUGUAAGAGACAGGCUUACGUUAAAAGCAUUCGAAUUAUUUUUGUUACUUCAGGUGUGAUAACAGUUGUAGGCAAUAAUGACGCAAAUGACUUUUCAUCAUUUCCAUGGGCAUCGUCUGUGUUUGGUUUUAGAAGAAGUUUAUCUGAAGAGUUUCCGCAACUGACUUCAGCUGUCAUAGAUUUAUCAUGCAAUCCAAGACAGAAAGAUCUUCAGUUGAUGGUAAAAGAUGUGACAAGUGAAACAAUAGAAGAGGAAAUAGCAUAUAGAAAUGGAGAGCGUUAUGUCAACCGUGUGAAAAAGUUAAACGACUGGGACAAAGGAGUUUCGAAAAAGAAACUGUCACAUCUAAAAAAAUGGAAAGAUGCAACCUUUCAAAAUUGCAUUGUGUCCUGCUCUUCAAAAGCCUUGGAAAAAAGCAAAAUAUCUGAUUAUCUGAGUUUUUCUGGAAAAUUAAAUUCCAAGAAAAUGGAUUCCCGUAUUGUAACUGGUUUUUGCAAAGUUGGUGACCUUGAAACUUUCAUGGACGUCGAACAAUGCUAUUUCGUAAAUAUCAACCCACAUUUCAACAUUCAACAAGCAACUUUAUUCAGUUUUCCCCUGGCUUUGGCAUACCAUCUUCUUAAAAACGUUUUAGCAUUUUCAAAAGAAGAGACUGUUUUGAUAUAUCAUCAAAAUCAAAAUAUUUCUUACAUCAUUGCAUGUGUGGCGAUGUCCAUCGGUGUUCGGCCCGUAUGUUAUGUAAACGAAGUGAAAAACACAAAGCUCAUGAAAAGCGAUAAAGACUUAACAGUUAUUACUGACAAUGAAAUUGUAAGAGACGAGUUGGGAACAACUUUUUUCGACGCUAUAUGCAUUCUUAGCAACUUAAAUAGUUUUGUUACUUGCAAAGUUGUAAAACACCUAAAACCUGGAGGUAGCGUGGUUCUUGUGAAUGAAAAUGAAGAGGAAAAGAUGAACUUGGCUAUUCAUGGCAGUGACAUCAAAGUUAUCAUGAGCAGUCUAAAAUGUUCCAUCACAAAUUCUCAGUUCUUUUCACAAACUCUUGAUAGUUGUUUUGCAGCUUUAGAAACUUCACGACGUUUGCAAUAUGUGCUAAAUAUACCAUACUGCGAUGAAAGCAUCUUUGACAUAAUGGGUGAAUCCAGUAAUAAAGUUUUCAAUUCUUCUGAAAAAAAUCAAGAUGGCCUCUACACAAUAUCAAUGCAACCUGAGAAUCUUCCAGAAAGUUUUAAUUUUUACAGUCUUCCAAUGGAUGAAAACGGCUUUAAACACGAUCGUGCUUAUCUUGUCGUUGGAGGUGUUCGUGGAUUUGGAUUUGAAAUUGCCAAAUGGAUGAUUUUAAAUGGCGCAAAAACAGUCAUCUGCACCGCUCGCUCUCCUCCUAAUCAAGAAAAACUUGCUGAACUUCAUCGUUUACAAACAGAGACCUCCUCGAUUAUUGUGCAUCGACAAGUAGAUGUCACAUCGAUAGAACAGAUGAAACGUCUGGCAAAAGAAAUGGAAAGUAUGCCUCCCUUAGCUGGAAUUGUCUUCUCUGCGAUGGUUCUAGCUGAUCAAUUACUUGGUGAGGCUGACCUAGAAACAUGCAAAAGGGUUGUGGAAACGAAAGUGAAAGGCGGUAUGGUUCUUCAUGAGCUUAGUCUUUCAAUGGAUCUUGACUUCUUCAUCACAUUUUCAUCAGUCUCAGGAGUUCUUGGAAAUUCUGGUCAGAUAGCAUAUGCUGCUGCAAACACGUUUUUAGAUGAACUUUGUGAAUACCGCUUGCACAAAUUGGGUCUGCCAGGUUUGUCGAUUGCGUGGGGACCAAUAACUGGGGCUGGCGUUCUCCAAAGAAAUGCAGAAAUUGUGCCGAUACUUGAGUCGAGCGGGUUUUCUCCUUUGCAUUAUACUACAGCCAUCGACUGUUUAGAACGUCUUCUCUUGGGGGAUGGAACAAUUGCUUCUGUUUGUAUAUGUCCAAUAAAUUGGGAAAUUUAUCUAAAAAAUCAUCCAUCUUCGCGGCUACAAAUUAUCAGAGAAUUAGAAAAUGUUACCUCCGGAAAGCAUGAAAUGUGGUCACUUGAAGACCUCGCUCUACAACCAUUGGAAUUAAGAAUAAAAGAAGUUACAAAUGAAGUUCAAACUUUGUUGGCAACGUGGUCUGGAAUUGAUGAAACUGACUAUGAUAUGAAUAUUAGCCUUCACAAAUAUGGCAUCGACUCAAUGGCUGCUACAACAAUAAAAAAUAAACUUCAAAUUAAACUUGGGGUUAUCUUUGAGUCCCAUUAUUUCAUUCAACCUAAAACAAGUGGUGUAACAAUUAUCAAUGAUAUUAUGGCGCAAAUCGAUGAGUUGAUUGCAAAGAAAAGACAGACAGCAAACAGUGAUGACGUAGACGGAACAGUGAACAUUAACGGAACUAGUGAUGAAAACAUUGAAGGCUCACUUAUUGAGAAAGAGAAAGUGAUCUCAUUAUAUUCUUCAGAUGAAGCUAAAAUAAACGUAUUUAUCAUCCAUGGUAGCCAUAAGUCUGCUUUGUCAUUGGCUUCGUUUGCUUUGGGCUUUCAAGAUCAGACAAAUGUUGCACUAUAUGGCAUUGGAAUAGACGAAAACUUUUUGAGAUCAGAUUAUGGCACAGUAAACACUUUGGCGAAACUAUAUAUUACAUUAAUUAAAAGUAUUCAACGUCUAGGACCAUACUACUUGGCGGGAUACUCGUUUGGUGGAACUGUUGCUUACGAAAUGGCAAGUCAGUUGAAGAGAAACAAGGAGACCGUUGUAAUGCUUUUGAUGGUUGAUACAUACGCCUGGUUUCCUAAUUCUCUAUUGUAUGCAAGAGAUUUCUAUUAUAAUCAAGCUGAAGUCAACUUAGAAAAUGCAAUGGACAUUGUGGUUCGACGACUGAUAGAGGUUUCUGCUUAUACGUCACUGGGUGUAACAAAAAGUCAAGUUCAUGAUCUUUACGAGAGCUCCGAAGAUUACAGAGCUGUCAUUGAUGCAUUAGAAGAUAUUGCUAAUAAACGAAACAUAGAGUUCUUUCUCAGAAGAAAUGUCGACACUAUUGUUUUUGAGUUGAAGUCAGCUAAAGAAGCUCAUCUCAGUUGGCAACCUGCAAAGGCAUGUUUUGACGAGAAGAUAACCUUCAUUAGUUGUGAUCAGACGAGUUCAAGCAUUCCCUCAGAUAUUGAGAUUUGGAAGGAUUUGGUAAAAGAAAUGGAUAUUCUUUACGUUCCUGGAACGCAUCAUGAAUUAAUAGAUGAAAGUCGUGGACAAAUCUGCGGCACAAUAAUGAUGACAACAGCUGUAAUGCAGUAUCAGUCCUCAUUUAAAAUUUUAAGUUUUCAUCCAGCACGAUUUAAGCAUCAGGAACGAUUAAUAGAAUCAUUGAAGAGGGGGUUUACAGUCUGCAAGCUUGGUACAUCAGGUUUAUCAAAGCCAGUGAAAGGAAUUUUGCAGCUAAACUCUGAAGAAACAACAUUAAACUUUGAUCAUGUCUUUUUAAGACGACAUCAAACGACCAAAAUUUUGCUAAAAGAGCUAUCAAACAUACUUCCAGGCAAACACGUUCGAAUUAUCAACAAACAUCAUGGUAACAAAGACUACAUAGACUUUUUGGUAUGUCUGCUUGGUAGAAAAGGGCAAAUGUAUGUCUUCCAGUGCAAGGAUUUCCAACAGAUGAAGAAAUUUUUCGACGUAUUUCAAGCCAUAUUUGGGGUGAAAUUUUUGCGUUAAUCAAAUGCAUUUUUCAGCAGCACUAAGCACUUUACUCUAUUAUAUCUAUCAAUUCAUGCAUUUUACUGAAGAAAAACUAACGAAGCAUAUCUUUUAAUUUAUACACGUAUUAACACACACGCAUAUUGACAUAAAUAUUUACACACUUACAUAUGUAUGUAUUAAUAAACAUUAUAUAUUUAUAUUUAUAUAUAGCAUGUAUUAAUUGAUAUAUAUUAAUAUUUUUCUACAUAAUACUACAUAAAUUGUUAAUAAACAGUAUUGUCACAAA